UCACACAGUUGCCGCUGGUAACUUGCAGUUGAAGCAACAAGUAAAAAUUAGUUUGCCACGAAGAUUUAAUACAACAGUUGUUUUAAGUAUAUAUAAAUCACGAACCUGUUUGAAUACGAGUAAAGAGUUGCAAUGUCGGCAUCAAGAUUCCUAAGUGCAGUUGGACAAAUUUCACGACAACAAUUGUUGCAGAAUAAAUGUGCUAGAGCCUAUCCCGCCGCAGCACAAUUUCAACGUCGUCUAAUGGCCACAAAUCCCGCAACAUCUCCAGCCGCUGUUAACAAGCAUUUACACACCAAGGUGGUAAAUGGAGUGCUGGUCAUUAAAAUUGAUUCUCCCAAUGUCAAAGUCAACUCGCUGGGCGCCGAGGUGAGCAAUGAGUUCGAGCAAGUGAUUAAGGAGCUGGAGACGAAUCCUUCGGUGAACUCUGCGGUGCUCAUUUCGGGCAAACCUGGCUGCUUUGUGGCUGGUGCCGAUAUCGGCAUGCUAGAAGCGUGCCAAAAGGCCGAGGAGGCUACCCUUAUUUCACACGGCGCACAAAUUAUGUUUGAGCGCAUGGAGCGCAGUCGUAAGCCAAUUGUGGCCGCCAUCAAUGGUGUGUGUCUGGGAGGCGGUCUAGAACUAGCCUUGGCCUGUCACUAUCGCAUUGCUACAAAGGACAACAAGACUAAGUUGGGUUUGCCAGAGGUUAUGCUCGGUCUGCUGCCUGGUGGAGGAGGCACCGUCCGUUUGCCUAAGCUAUCCUCGGUGCCCACCGCUUUGGACCUGAGUUUGACCGGUAAACAAGUUCGUGCCGAUCGUGCUAAGCGCCUUGGCAUUGUUGACCUGCUUGUCGAUCCUCUCGGUCCUGGCUUGCAGCCGGCUGAGCAAAACACUAUCGAGUAUCUAGAGAAGACUGCCGUGCAAGUGGCCAAUGACUUGGCCAGUGGAAAACUGCGUGUGAAUCGCGAAAAGAGUGGUUUGGUCAACAAACUACAAGCGUUUAUCAUGGAUACGGACUUUGUCAAGAACAAAAUCUUUGAUACGGCGCGCAAGCAAGUGCUCAAGGCCUCUGGUGGUCUCUACCCCGCUCCUCUGAAGAUCCUGGAUGUGAUUCGUGCCGGCGUCGACAAGGGCACUGAUGCUGGCUACGAGUCGGAACGCAAGGGCUUUGGUGAAUUAUCGGCUACACCAGAAUCAAAGGGUCUCAUUGCGCUCUUCCGUGGCCAGACUGAGUGCAAGAAGAAUCGCUUUGGCAAGCCAGAGCGUCCUGUCAAGACUGUGGGCGUGCUUGGUGCGGGUCUCAUGGGUGCUGGCAUUGUACAGGUGUCCGUCGACAAGGGUUACAAUGUAGUUAUGAAAGAUGCCACCGAUGCAGGCCUUGCUCGCGGUAUUGGCCAAGUGCAAAAGGGUCUGGCAACAGCUCUAAAGCGCAAGCGCAUUACGGCCCUGGAACGCGAUCAAACGCUGUCGCAUCUGCUACCCACGCUAAACUACAACGACUUUAAGACUGCCGAUAUUAUUAUCGAAGCUGUUUUCGAGGAUAUUAACAUUAAGCACCGAGUAAUCAAGGAGCUGGAGGCAGUUGUCCCUGAGCAUUGUGUUAUUGCCACUAAUACCAGCGCCAUUCCCAUUACGAAGAUUGCUGCUGGUAGCUCGCGUCCUGAGAAGGUAGUGGGCAUGCACUACUUCUCUCCCGUCGACAAGAUGCAGCUGCUGGAAAUCAUUACACAUCCAGGCACCUCUAAGGACACCAUCGCCCAAGCCGUUGCUGUAGGUCUCAAACAAGGCAAGGUAGUGAUUACAGUGGGCGAUGGACCCGGGUUCUAUACCACACGUAUUCUGGCCACACUCCUGUCUGAAGCAAUCAGGCUGCUGCAAGAAGGAGUGGAUCCCAAGGAUUUGGAUAAGUACACCAAGAAGUUCGGCUUCCCUGUAGGCGCUGCAACAUUGGCCGAUGAAGUCGGAAUCGAUGUUGGCUCCCAUAUUGCCGUGGAUUUGGCCAAAUCAUUUGGCGAACGCUUUAGCGGCGGCAAUCUGCAAGUGAUGCAGGAUUUGGUAUUGGCAGGCUUCUUAGGCCGCAAGUCUGGCAAGGGCAUUUUCCUAUACGAUGGCCAAAGCAAGGGCAGCCGUCCAGUCAAUACGGAGGCACACGAAAUCCUUAAGCAGAAGUAUGCGCUGGUUUCCAAGGGUGCCAAUACACCUGAGGAUCUGACAUUGCGUAUGGUGUCGCGCUUUGUCAAUGAAGCUGUCUUGUGUCUGGAGGAGAAGAUUCUUGACAGUCCACUGGAGGGUGAUGUGGGUGCUGUUUUCGGCUUGGGAUUCCCGCCAUUUACCGGAGGUCCCUUCCGCUGGGUGGAUCUGUACGGCGCUGGCAAAUUGGUUAGCAAAAUGCAGUCAUAUGCUGAACUGUACGGCGCACCUUUCAAGCCUGCCCAAACCCUGUUGGAUAUGGCCAAGGAUCCUGCCAAGAAAUUCUAUCCCAAGACUGGCGCUUCAAAGUUGUAAAGAACAAUACAGAAAAAAUCGACAUUUAGCUUUAGACAGAAUUUAGAGCAUUCUAAUGCAUUUUUCUCAACUGAUUCUUAGAGUGGUCCAUCCUGAUCCCCAUUAUCAUGAACUUAAUUAUUUUUCUUGAAGUUGCGCGAUGUUAAUAAUAAAGAGUAUCGUAUAAUAUUUUCAUA